UUAGAUUUGGACUGUAAACAGAAGAAACUGUGUUAUUGCCAGCCUAAGCAGUUGCGAACACAUUUGGAUUCCCGGUGGUCUUAUAAAACCCCCACACAUACUGAUGUGUUAAAAAGGGCAGACUGCUGGCUGCAGUGUUGUGGUCAGAGCUAUUGAAUCACCAAGCAGUGGCUGGAGACAGACAUGCAAGCCUUCACAGGCUUUUUAAUCAAGCACUCGGAUUUAUGGACACCGUUUCUGGUCCUCAGAAACCUCUGUGUUCAUCGUAAUGGUCAGCAUCUGCAAUGCGAAACAUCCCUCCAGGGGGGUUGGUCAAUAAGGGUAGCUGACACAAAUGAACCUCCGAAUGAUGGCCACAAUGGACCCAAUUUAAGCUGGUGGCGUGGCUAAGAGCUGAGGGAGGCCGGUUCCCUUAACCUUCCAGUCUGUGGAAACAUAACCUGGACAUAAUCACACACAAGAAUGAGGAUUAAAUACACCAUCUGCUUCAUCUUCAUCGUGGCUCUGGUCAUCAUCGAGAAGGAGAGCAACAUCCUCUCCAAGGUCUCGGAUAAGCUCUCUCUGAAGCAGACGCCUCAGACUCCCCUCCAGACCGGUGGCUUAAGCUGGAUCAAUAUCAGACAGAAUGGCUCCAGCGUGCCUUUUCCAGACUACACUGACCCACUGUCAUACCGAUACACAAAUCGGCGCCUGGAAAACUUCAGCGAAGCCGGUGAAGGAGGCCUGCUUUCUGCUUCUGCAGCCGGCGGGAGGAAACACAUCCUUCUUUUGGCCACCACCCGCACAGGGUCUUCCUUCGUGGGAGAGUUUUUUAACCAGCAGGGGGCGAAUAUGUUCUACCUGUUCGAGCCACUGUGGCACGUCGAGCGUAUGCUAACUCUAGAAGGCGGCAGGACAAACGCUACAGCUUCAGCUUCGGCCUACCGGGACGUCCUCAGGCAGCUCUUCCUGUGCGACUUUUCUCUCUUGGAAAGCUUUAUCGAACCGCCACCGCAGGACCAUGUCACGACUUCGCUUUUCCGCAGGGAAUCCAGCCAGUCGCUUUGCGAAGACCCCGUCUGCACGCCGUUCGUCAAGAAGGUUUUUGAGCGCUUCCACUGUCGCACCCGCCGCUGCGGCCCGCUGAACUUCACUCUGGCCUCACAGUCCUGCCUGCAGAAGCAGCACAGAGCCAUCAAGUCUGUACGUGUUCGGCAAUUAGAGACGCUGCGCCCCCUAGUGGAAGAUCCGCGCCUGGACGUAAAGUUCAUCCAGCUGGUCCGGGACCCGCGCGCGGUGCUAGCAUCCAGAAUGGUGGCUUUUUCAACCAAAUACAAGAACUGGAAGAGGUGGGCCACUGAUGGUGAAGUUCCUGAGGAUGACGAUGAAGUGAGGAAGCUCAAAGGGAACUGCGACAACAUCCGAAUGUCCGCAGAAACGGGCCUGAAACGGCCCGCAUGGCUGCGCGGACGCUACAUGCUAGUGCGCUAUGAGGACAUUGCUAGGUUUCCCAUGCGGAAAGCUGCUGAGAUGUACCAGUUCACUGGCAUCCCCUUCACUUCCCAAGUGAAGGACUGGAUCUUGAGGAACACUCACGCCUCCAGCGAUGUUAGCGGAGUCUACUCCACCCAGAAAAACUCCUCCCAGCAGGUGGAGAAGUGGAGGGUUAGCAUGCCCUUUAAACUAGCCCAGGUGGUGCAGAAGGUGUGCGGCCCUGCCAUGACUCUGUUCGGCUACAAGUUUGCCGAAAGCGAAGAGAUGCUGAGCGACUUGUCAGUCAGCUUGAUUGAAGAAAGGACUUUUCUAUGACCAUAGAGAGUCUUGUAUCUUUUUUACUCAGAACUCAGUAAGCUAAAACUCACCUUUAUAAGAGACAAAGCUGGAUGUCAGGAUUUUUUAUUGUGUUUUAUAUUUAUUAGGGACAUCAGCACAAAAUAUGACAGGGUAAAUCUUACUUUAUUCAGUCUGUUUGAUCUCAUUUAAUUCCAUAAGUUACAAAUACAGAGAUAACUAAAAACAAUCUGUGCUACCUUGAGAGAAAUGACAGAGGGAACGAUACUGAGAAAGAGAUAUUUUUGUCAGAAAUGUAUUUUAUGUAGAACACAAGACUCUCCGACUUCAUUUCCAUAGCAUUAACAUGUAUUUUAACAGAGGUGUAAAUCACAUAUCAUAAAGAAUGCUGGAAAUCUCCUAUCUAUCUUUUCUACUCUGCGGCUGGUUCAGGUUUCAAUCACAGAUGCUGCUUUUGUUCCAAAAGAUGAAACUUGAAAUGGAACACAUAUCAGAAACCCCAAGGCAAAGGAUUUCUAUGUUUUUCUUUCUAAGUUACAAAGAUACUUCAGCUAACAAUGCCAAUGAGAUUGCCACAUAAGGCAAGUUAGCUUAAUAAUGCUAACUUGCUGUUGCCUGGUUUCUGUCAUUUAUUAACCGGUGUAAUGAGCAGGGUUGCCACCUCAGCCCUGUAAAAUACUGGACACUUGAUUAGCAAUGUGUACCAUUCCAACUCAUUCUUUAUGUACAAACGGUUUGACUGGAAAUAGCAGUUUAAACUUCAUAAGAAAUACUAACAUAUGAAGGUGCUUGGAUUCGGAAUAUUUUGUGUCCUGGACAGGCAACCAAAACCCUGGACAAUGCAGGGAAAUCCUGGACGGGUGGCAACCCUAGUAAAGAAAAUAGUUUAUGUUGUCAAAAACUGACGCAUUCAACUCACAUACUUUGACAUUUGCACAUGAACGCAGUACACCUACAACUAAACACACAUAAAAAGUUGAGGCUCUGUGGAGCCGUAUGACCAAAAAGGCUGUAUUUUGGUAGGCCAGAGGAGCAGCUAUUGAUCUGACAUUUCUUUAGAUACUGUUUAAAUUCUGAAUAGCAACAACUGAGAAUCAUUGGGUUUGGUGAGCUGCUGUAACGUUACUUUUCCCAAAAAAUUAGUAACUUAACAGAACAUUUAGCAGUAGACAAAGGAUUCAAAAAUAGAUUAGUCAUCAUUCAAAAGCCAAGGAAAAUCUGUUUAGCCACUUUGGGUUAAAUCAGUAGAUAAGCUAAUGUUAAAGGUGCAAUUCUGCCCUAUAAAAUAAAAAUAAUAAAAUAAAUAAUAAAAAAAACAAACAAAAUAAAAAUCAUAAUAUGUACAGUAAUUUACUGGCAGCAGAGCUGAUAGUAAAGAACUAUAUAUUCAUGGUACAUAUUUUACAGUAUUUUACUGUAUAUUAAAUGCAGAGUUAUUUACUGCAAAUGUACAGUACUUUGCUGGCAACUCUGCUGCCAGUAAAUUACUGUAACUUGCAUUGUCUGGUAAACCAGUUGCCCAGUCUUUUACAGUAUAAUCCUGUAAAAUGGUAAAGAACAAAAAAAACAGUAUUUUACUGUAAAAUAAAUACUGUAAAUGUACAGCAGUUUUUUAUAGUGUUAAUGUAGGGCAGUCGUUGGCUGCAUACAAAACCGCAUACUAACAUACAACACAUACUACACUAAUGAAUUCCUAAUGAAUAAAGUGGUGUGCUAUU